UUUCUGUUAACUCUCCGAGAUGUCGCUGCUGUUCAGAAGCGUUAUAUAGCAUGCGCAGUGAUAAUCGGUACCAGGCAUUCGGAACUUUUGAAACGCGAUUAAUAUUUGUAAAAAUUUUUUGGUAAUUGAAGUCAUACAAGAGGGAAAACAAUUGAAUUAUUCCAGCAAAAACUAAAGGAGGACUAGAUAUUUUUUUAUUAACUAAAAAGAUGAAAACAGCCUGGCGACAAGACCUUCCGUGUUUACUUGUGUGUAUUUUUUGUGCAUGUGUAACUUAUGGCAUGAGUGUGGAUUUUUCAAGAUUAAGGAAACCAUAUCUUUUACCAAAAAGAGCAGAUUUUCUACCAAAAAGAGGAGAUUCGUCAAAUCCGUGCCCACCUGAGUCCCCAUUUCUAUGUCGAUCCCCCAAGCAGAUCUGCAUAGCUCUAGGAAAUAUAUGUGAUCGGCAGCCAGACUGUCCGGAUGGGUUUGACGAAGAUCCACAAAUGUGUACUGCCAGAAACCGACCUUCAAAAGAAGAACUUGAAAAUUUUUUGUUGCGGAAUGAAGAUUGGAUACUUCCUAAAUUGUUUAAUGGAGCAUCUGCAGAAAUUGUAGCCCAUGCCUUAGUCGUAUCACCAAAUUUGAGGGAAUUGGGUGAGAUUGUGGGAUUAGGCGAUAAAGAAGAUAACCUACGUAGAGCGUUUCUAGCAGUGAGGGAGGGAGAUGAACGGCCUUUACUUAAAAUGGGCAUGCCAGAAGAGGAAUGGUAUGACGUCCAAGAUUACCUUAACAGGGUCAUAGAAGGUGGACUUGUUGUGUCAUAAAACCGGACAAUAGACAAAAUGAACUGACACCAAACUCGAUACUAGGUUCUGCAUCCUUUCUUCAUCAUUUAGGAAACAAAAUAAUUUAUUUCUGUAUUUUGGCUCGUAGGCUCAUAAGCACGAACGCUGAAAAUGCUUUAUAUCAUUAUUUUCAUGGGGUUUUUUUCGUUAUCAGAAUUCCAAGCAAAGUAGAAUAUAAUUUUUUACAUCUGUAUCUAUAUUUUAUGAAUACAUCUUAAAAUGCAUUUUACACAUAUAUGGUAUAUAUAUAAAUAUAUAUAUUUUGUUCAAUAUCUGUGUCAAUAAUGCCUAAAAAUGUCAUUUGUUUCUCGCAUUUUAUCACUUGAGCAUCUUUCUUCUUGUAAUACAAGAGGAUGAAAUUUGUUUCUGAACUGAAAGCAAACUGGACUUGACGCUUCGUGACUGUAAUCGAAUAACUUUACCAACUAACUUCAUUUGGUCUAGGCAGAUGAGUAAUAUAUGUCUUCCUCUGCUUAUUAUAUUCAGUACAUUGUAUAAGAGAAUGAAUGUCACGUGACUUUGUAUCUCAUAUACUAUUGGCUUAAAUUAUGGUGACGUGUGAGAACCUUUAUGAAAUGUUUUAUACCUACAUUUUUAUUUGUGGCAACCGAUUUAUUAAUUUAUAAUUGUAUGAAUAAAUAUUCACUGCCUAUUGAUCAUUUUACCUAACACAACAAAAUGUGACCAAAUAUUUUGUGGACAGGGCCAUAUAUGUAUGUAGAAUUUGAGUGUGCUGCUAACUUCUAUUCACAUUUCAUCAUAUGAACUGAAAUUUAUUUCUUUUGAGAGUUUGGAUUUUAAACCACAAUAAAUCUCAAAUGCUUAAUUGUGGAAAACAUUAAUUUCUUGUUUAAUAAAGAGCAAAACUUUACAUUUAUCUAUAUUAUAAGUCAGAAACAUUCCUUGAAGAAAAAUUAAGAAUUCUGGGAGUUUAUGUAUACUUCCUUCUUUGACAAACCCAAUAACAUGAAUAGUUGUUGACAAUGUUUUACAAUGAAAUUUUAUUUUGUGCAAUAAAAUUUUACUAUUUCGUCUGUUUUUUUUUAAAAAUAUUUAUAUAUUUUGAAUUAUGAUUUAGAUAAAAUUGUCAGCAAUGUUGUGAAAUUAAGUGAAAAAAUAAGCAAAUAUGGAAGAUUUUAAAUUGAUUGAAAUAGAAAAAGAUAUAUCUGAAACACGAAAUUCUUUUUUACUGGUAAAGUCUUAGAAUCCAGAUUAUUUUUUGUAGAGUAGUCUCAGGUAUUAUAAGAUUUUUUUCUCCAUGUUCAUGAAAUAAACUAUUAUUUUGUU